ACAAAACGCAAUAGGAGGAUAGAGUACAAAGUUGGGACACGUAUAUCAGAAAUGUGAGUGUGUGGCAGAGUCUCUCUUGACUUUACGUCUCUUGACUCAAUUUGUUCUCUUGAGCAAACGGAAGAUGGUUCCGGGGAUUCAAUACUUCUCUUAUUUUUUGUAUCAUUGGAUAUUACACGAUGGAAAUUGAAAAUAUGUUUCGUAUAUUUGCCACAAAAAGAGAGCCCGGUACGUGCCCGUUUAUUAAAAAAAAUCAUCAUUGUUUACUAAAAAGAACACGACACGUGCAAAAGGAUAAAAGCAUUGCUAUAUAUCGGCCUUCUCGGACUCUCUCGUUCCAAAAAGUAACAGUCUUAUUACACGUCAAUAGACAUUACACAAUGAAUUAAAAAAAAAAAAUACCCAAACGUGUCUUCGUUUAUUGAAAAAGACAAUCGCAACAAUCAACGAGCGAGGGACCCGGUUCUGAAGAGUUGAGUCAAGGGAGACGCGCUGUUGUAUUUGAAUAUAGAAGCAAUAUGGCGCCACGCAGGGAGACAAGAUCUAACCUAAAUCCCGGGAAAAGUUCGAGGAAAACCAACAAGAGCUGGAUAGAAAGUUCUAUCACAGAAUGGCGACAGUUUCUCGUUUCUCUGCUGACCGACCCGAAGAAGCUGUCGUUGACGGCCAAGGUGUUCGUCGUCCUGGAGAUAAUGCUGAACGUACUGGUUAUCGAGAACGUGCCAUACACCGAAAUAGAUUGGAAGGCCUACAUGCAGGAAGUGGAGGGUUUCCUGAACGGCACUACGGACUACUCGAGGCUGAGAGGUGACACCGGACCUUUAGUUUAUCCGGCCGGAUUUGUGUACAUCUUCAGCGGUCUCUACUACAUAACCUCGCGCGGCACCCGCGUGAAGAUAGCACAGUACCUCUUCGCGAUACUCUACGUGAUCACGCUGUCGCUGGUCUUCCGGAUCUACGCGAGGACUAAGAAAGUGCCGCCCUACGUUCUGAUCCUGAUGUGCUGCACCUCCUACAGAAUACACUCGAUAUUCGUAUUGCGACUGUUCAACGACCCGGUGGCCAUGGUGCUGCUGUUCGCGAGCAUCAACGCGUUCCUCGACAAUCGGUGGUACCUGGGUAGCGUGCUGUACAGUCUCGCCGUGUCCGUUAAAAUGAACAUACUGCUGUUCGCCCCGGCGCUUUUCGUUGCUUACCUAUGCGUUCUGGGACUGUCAAAAGCACUGAUACAUUUGUCGGUUUGCGCAUUCGUUCAGUUGAUUCUCGGUCUUCCGUUUUUACUGGAAAAUCCGCUCGCGUACGUAAAAGGUGCCUUCAACUUGGGUCGGAUUUUUGAAUUCAAGUGGACGGUGAAUUGGAGAUUCUUGUCGGAGGAUGUAUUCGUACACCCGUAUUUUCACGUGACUCUGUUGCUUCUGCACAUUCUGACGUUGUUCUACUGCGCGCCAACUUGGAUCACGUACAUGAGAUCGUACGCGAAACUGAAACACGUCGAGAAGGAUCUGAAACCCCAACUUCGUAAGAAAGAAAACAUAGACAUGUCCGUUAUAAGCCAGCUGUUCGUCUAUCCUCUCUUUGUCGCCAAUUUCGUCGGCGUUAUGUUCAGCAGGUCGUUGCAUUAUCAGUUCUACAUAUGGUAUUAUCACACGUUACCCUACAUCGCAUGGUGCACCGACUACAAGAUCGUUCUCAAACUGACUCUCUUGGGCGUGAUAGAAUUGUGCUGGAACACGUAUCCGAGCACCGUCUUUAGUAGCGCGGCAUUGCACGCGUGCCACGUUUUCCUGUUGUAUGGAAUUCUCAAAAAUAAAUCAAAUGACGCAAAAGACAAAUGAAAAAAAAAAAAACGACACGUGAUGUGAUGCAUCUUAUUGUUGUCUUCCCGGAUGUCUCUAUGGAUAAAAACAGCGAUCACGUAACCCGUCGAAGAGUGGAAGCGUAAACAUAUACUAAUGCAAUAAAUUUUUAUGUGAUCGCGCAAACAACGAAGAUCCACGCGCGGACCUCGGAAGUAAGGAGCGGAAAAGCGUUUUUUCAAAAGUGAAGUUUACAUGAGCGACUCCAACUCACUUAUUUUUCCAAGUUUUCGGAGUGUGUGCGUGUGUGAAGUAACAUUUGUAUAUCCGCGUUGUUUUUGACUUGUUUACAGGAUUGUUUGCAAUUGUAUCUACAAAGUGUGUGAGAGCACAUGUAAGACCAUUUAUCUUUUGUACACGAGUUGAAUAAAUAAAUUACGAACGUUAACGCGUAAUUUUGUUCUUGUGCACUCUCAACACAAAUGCGCUUUCAUUCUCUACGUAUAAAAAAUUUUGCAAAAUGAUUAUCAUUUUAAAAAAUUUUUCAAAUCUUGUUUGUACAAAAGAGAACACACAAUAAAUGUAAGACA